AUGGGUUACAUUGGCCACCACGGCGUCGCCACGCUGCGGCGCUACAAGUACAGCGGCGUCGACCACUCGCUCGUCGCCAAGUACAUCCUCCAGCCCUUCUGGUCACGAUUCGUCAACAUCUUCCCGCUAUGGUUCCCACCAAACAUGAUUACACUGACAGGUUUCAUGUUUCUACUGACAUCGGCAUUCCUUGGCUUUUUAUAUUCACCACAUCUAGAUACAGCACCCCCCCAGAUGGGUUCACCUUGCUCAUGGACUGCUUCUCUUCCUUUAUCAGGAUGUGAUGCGCUUGCCUGUGCUUUUGAGUCCUUGGCUUUUGGAAGCACGGCAAUGUGUGGAAAGGCUACCUUCUGGUUUUGGUUCAUUUCAGCUGUCCCAUUUUACUUCGCAACCUGGGAACACUUUUUUACAAAUACACUUAUUCUUCCUAUAGUCAACGGACCAACUGAGGGCCUUAUGCUGAUCUACUUGUGCCAUUUUUUCACCUUUUUCACAGGAGCCGAGUGGUGGGCACAGGAUUUUCAGAAGUCAAUGCCCCUGCUGGGUUGGGUUCCUUUUAUUUCUGAAAUCCCGGUGUAUGACAUUGUGCUAUGUCUUAUGAUUGCUUUUGCUGUAAUCCCAACAAUUGGAUCUAACAUUCACAAUGUAUAUAAAGUCGUUGAAGCAAGAAAAGGAAGCAUGGUGCUGGCACUAGCCAUGCUCUUUCCUUUUGGUUUGCUCUUGGCUGGAGUUCUUGUCUGGUCCUACCUUUCUCCUUCAGAUAUAAUGAGAAAUCAACCACAUUUGCUAAUUAUUGGAACUGGUUUUGCAUUUGGAUUUCUUGUGGGAAGAAUGAUUCUGGCUCAUUUAUGUGAUGAACCCAAAGGUCUGAAAACAGGGAUGUGCAUGUCCUUGCGUAUUUUCCAUUUGCAAUUGCAAAUGCGCUUGACUGCCCGGCUUGAUGAUGGAAAUCCCCUCGUUGAUGAGCAGCUAGUUCUCCUGAUGUACUGCUUAUUUACAGUGGCUUUGUACAUGCAUUUUGCUACGUCUGUUAUUCAUGAGAUCACCAAUGCACUUGGGAUUCACUGCUUCAGGAUCACUAGGAAAAAGGCAUAG